GGUGUGGAGAGGAGAGGUGUAAGAAGAAAUCUCUCUCUUUUUUUGAGAUGGGAGGGAGGAAAUCUAUCUCUGAAUGUGAGCGAAGCAAAGGAUUUCCCUAGCUCCAUCUUCGUCCUCGUCCACACAAAAUGUUUUCCUGUUUGUUCGUUUGUUUACCUGAUGCUGCUGCUGCUGCGGCCAUUUGCACAUCUCUCUCUCUCGCUUCUGCCACUGCUGGCUGUGCUGCUUCCCUAGCUCCUCGGUUGGAUCAAAGAGAAGAGAAGAGAAGAGUUAAUGCUGAUGGCCUCCGAGGCGUGGCUGUCGCCGGCUUCCCGCCUCUUCCACCCUCCCCGCUCCUCCACCGCCGCCUUCUUCUCCGCUUCCGGGCUCCCCCGCCUGCCUCGCCGCUCCUCCUGUGCACUCGCAACCUCCACGCGUGGGCGGCGCCUCCGCCUUGGCGCCACCGAUCAGCAGCAGCAGCAAGGCAAACAAGAUGGUGAUGAGGUUGUGGACAGCAACGUGCUCCAGUACUGCAGCAUCGACGGGAAGGGGAAGAAGGCCGAGAAGAGGUCGCUGGGUGAGAUGGAGCAGGAGUUCCUUCAGGCUCUUCAGGCCUUCUACUACGACCAGAAGGCCAUCAUGUCCAACGAGGAGUUCGACAACCUCAAGGAGGAGCUCAUGUGGGAAGGCAGCAGCGUUGUCAUGCUAAGCCCUGACGAACAACGCCUGCUCGAAGCCUCCAUGGCCUAUGCUGCCGGCAACCCCAUCAUGUCUGACGCUGAAUUCGACCAACUCAAACUCAGAUUGAAGAAAGACGGAAGUGACAUUGUCACCGAAGGUCCCAGGUGCAGUCUACGCAGCCGAAAGGUGUACAGUGAUUUGACCGUUGACUACCUAAAGAUGUUCCUGCUAAAUGUUCCAGCAACUACUCUUGCUCUAGGACUGUUCUUCUUCAUCGAUGAGUUGACUGGCUUUGAGAUCAACAUAUUCCAGCUGCCAGAGCCUUUCGGUUUCAUUUUCACAUGGUUUGCUGCUUUGCCUCUAAUAUUGUUCAUAGCACAGUCGAUAACUAAUGCCAUAGUGAACGACUUCUUAAUCCUCAAGGGGCCAUGUCCGAAUUGUGGCGCUGAAAACCUUUCCUUCUUCGGGACUAUCCUGUCAGUGUCUAGUGGCGGUGAAACAAACAAAGUGAAAUGUGCAGAUUGUAGCACGGAGAUGGUAUAUGACUCGAAAUCUCGGCUCAUCACCCUUCCAGAACCAUCGCAAUGAAAUGAAUGGUGAAUUCUUCAAGGUACGAUGCCAGAUGGAGAGAUGCAAACAAGGAGGUGAUCAGGUAGGAAACAACAAAUAAAAUGGAAUUAUUGUAACGGAUGGGUGUUCACAAAUUGCAUGCAGAGUGUAUAUAUACUACAGUAAGAAAUGUAGAUCGACUUCUAUACUACUAACUAUUAAGCGCUGUUGUGUACAGUAUAUAAAAUGUAGUACAUACAUGUUUACUGAUAUCUGACUCAACUGAAAUACUACACACAUAUGUGUGUUGGAGAUAGAAA